GAUCGGCCAGGCAGUUAUUUUAGUAUGUUCAAUAUUAACUGAAUCAAAGUGUAUGAAAUUACCGAAAACAAUAUUUUUCUUUGAAUUUUUAGCUGCUGGUGAUUUAGCCAUCGUUACUAUGAUAAAUAACAUAUCGGCUACACAUACACCAGUCUCAUUGCUCACUCAAGAUGACUCGCAUGUUUCCUUUUGUAAUGCGGAUAAUUUGCCGUCGAAUUGUGAUAGAAACUCGAUUUGCCAUUGUAAUCACUUGGUUGAAUUGAAGUUAUGCAAAAAUUAUGAAUUCUUUUUGACUGAUAGCGGAACACCCGGUGGUGCUGUAAGCCAUCCGAUUCAUUUACAUGGCGUUGGAUUUCAGGUGAUCGAUAUGGGAACCCUCGAACAGUAUAGAAAUGGGCAAACUGGAUUUGGAAAUUCAACCAAAUUGCCGGUUGUCAAAGAUACCGUUAACCUUCCCAGCGGUGGUUUCGUUCGACUGCGCUUCAAAUCUUGCAAUCCAGGCUAUUGGUUCUUCCACUGUCACUUUGAAUAUCACAUGCACGUCGGCAUGCGAGCUAUUAUCAAAGUUGGUAACAAAACAGACAUGGUACCGCCGCCGCCCAAUUUUCCAAAUUGUGAUAACUUUUUUGCACCAGUCUAUGAAAGUUGUUCGGACCAAAUUUAAUUAACAUACUUGUGAUCUUCGUUAUUAUACUUCUAAAAAUAAUCUCUUUGAUAAUAUCGUUAGGAUGUUGAACAUAUUUAAGGCUGUUUAUAAAAUAAUUCGAUAAAUAAGUAAGUUUGAAAGAAUAUGAAAUGUAAA